AUGCGAGAGAAGGCAUGGGAGUGGACCAUACCCGUUGCGGGCGGGUGCUUGUUUCAAGUGUGGUCAACAUGGCCAUCAAAUGAAGAAUUGUCCGGACAGAGCCCUAGGAAAUCAACCCCAAGGAUUGAGGCCUCACGGGGGGCCGCAAAUAGGAGCUGCGCCGCAAGCAAAUAUGAACAGACCGCCGGCGCAAGGAAGGAUUUAUGCGGUGACGAGGAAGGAUGCCGAGAACACGCUUGGCGUGGCACAAGUACGGUCUCUCUCUGUGAUCACGCUACGUAUGCCUUGUUUGACCCUGGAGCUUCGCAUUCGUUUAUUUCUGCUCGGUUUGCUGAAUUGGUUGGCUUAAGUUUACGGCCAUUAGAAGUAGUUUUGCAUGUGGUAACGCCUUUAAGGGAUGGUGUGUCGAUUACACUAGGGUGUGCAAACCGCAAGAUAGUGAUUAAUGGUAGAGAGGACAAAAUAGAUUUGGUUGUGCUUCCGAUGUAUGAUUUCGAUGUGAUAAUUGGAAUGGAUUGGCUAGGAAAGCUAGAAGCUAUGGUUGACUAUGGUAGUAGGACGAUUCAAUUUAAUCCAGUUGGUCGUCCUAGGUUCGAGUUUGUAGGGAGUCAAGGAGGAACUUCGAUCCCUUUAGUAUCGUCAUUGGAAGUGACAAAGUUAAUUGAUGAAGGUUGUGAAGCUUAUCUAGCUAUCGUUAUGGAUUCGACAAUAGAAGAGCCAAAGUUUGAGGAUAUACCUGUGGUACGAGAGUUUCCCGAUGUUUUUCCCCAGGACCUAUCGGGUUUACCACCCGAAAGAGAAACGGAAUUUUCUAUCGAGUUGAUUAAUGGGGCGAAACCGAUCUCGAAGGCCCCGUAUAGGGUGUCGAUAUCUGAGCUAAAAGAAUUAAAGGUGCAGAUGCAUGAGUUUUUAGACAAAGGAUUUAUAUGUCCAAGUGCGUCACCUGGGGAGCACCAGUAUUAUUCGUAA